GUAUCGACUAGGCUACGGGAAUUUGAGGAGCAGAUGUUUUGAGAAAUUGCACAUAGUUGUGAGAAUAGUAGGCUAGUGCCAGCAGGAGAUUUCAAUUUUCCCAAUAUCAACACAGCUACUGGAGUACAAAGGAUUGGAUGGAGCAGAAUUUAUAUGCAAACUGAAACGAAGUUGAAAAGUGCAGCUGCAACUUCAAGUGGGCGGUCCUGCUGGUGCUCUGCCUGGGAAACACCGUCUUCUGAAGCUCGACCAGAGGAAUUACAGCUCACACCAUACAGUCUCCCGACAUCCGAACUCUGGAGGAUUACAGACUACUCUGAACAGUCUCUCAAUAUGACUCCACCAGGAUGGACAUGACAUGGACAUUACAGUGGCCUCUAGUAACUCAAGUGAUGAAACAAAUAAGAUUGACAGCUACAUCACAGCUUGCUCCAAUAAAGUCAAAGGGAGUGAAAAAAGACACACAGGACCAAACAUGAGCCCGCCCAUUGUUAAUGUAUUCACAAGCUAGUGGCAGUUUUAUCAACUAUUGCCCAACUGCUCAAUAAUCUACUGAGGUCAAGAAACAUUCAGACCUCCUUAUCACACUUAAUGAAGAAAAACAGAAUGUUUUCCAACUUUAAAGGUGACUUUAUGCACUGCACCUGCAUUAGGAAUGCCUGAUACAGGUAGAUCAUUAACCUUGUACUUUAUGUCAACAAGAAACACAUGAUAGCAAUCUUAACUCAAAUACAUUGAGACUGAUGGUGUCCUGUUGGUGAUUGCUCUGUCAAAGAUAUGAUUCUUUGCUGAUGUUUCCUCAAUGACUGAGAGAGGAAUUCGAAUGGCUGGGUGAGCCGUUGUUUCUGAAACUGAAGUGCUGGUAUCAGGAAACAUGUAUCCAGGUAACUCUGCAGGACAGACAGAACUAAAAGCUUUCAGUGAAGCCUAGAAGUUGGUGGAAGAAAGAUCAGCUAAUAUCUACACUGAUCCCCGAUAUGCUUUUGAAAUUGUUUAUGAUUUUGGAAACUUAUGGAGACAGAGGCUUUCUUACGGUUGAAGGAAUCUCAAUCAACAAUGCUCAACUCAUGGAUGUCAUAUGACUGCAGUCACAGAAGUUGCUGUAUUUGUGGUGAACUACGUGUGCCUGUCUGGUCACGCCCCCUGCUGACUGCUCCUGUGGCUCCUCCCAGAGACCCCUGUAUAAAGGCGAUCAGAGCCUGGGCCUGGCCUCUCAGUCUCCAGGAUGUAGUAUGGUGGUCACUCACUGCUGGUUCCUUCUUCCAGUCAAUAAAAUUGAUGCACCAUUAAUAACUAACUCUGAGACAUAAAGGCAAGAUAUCGGCUUUUAUUGACUGGAAGAAGGAACCAGCAGUGAGUGACCACCAUACUACAUUAGAGUGUGAUGCCUCUGAUUUCGCUCUGGCUGCUACCCUCAAUCAGGCAGGCAGGCCAGUAGCAUUCUUCUCUCGUACCCUCCAAGGCUCUGAAAUUCGGCACUCCGCGGUGGAGAAAGAAGCCCAGGCCAUAGUGGAGGCUGUUAGGCACUGGAGGCACUAUCUCGCUGGCAAAAGAUUCACCUUGCUGACUGACCAGCGCUCGGUUGCGUUCAUGUUCAGCAACCAACAGCGGGGCAAAAUCAAAAAUGAUAAGAUUUUGCGGUGGAGAAUAGAACUCUCCACCUACACCUAUGAUAUUCUGUACCGGCCUGGCAGACUCAACGAGCCCCCUGAUGCCCUAUCCUGGGGAGCGUGUGCUAGCACACAGCUCGACCAGCUGUACACCCUUCAUGCACAACUUUGCUAUCCGGGGGUCACCCGAUUUUACCAUUUUGUGAAAGCCCGGAAUACCUUGAGGACAUCAGGACGAUGACCAGGGACUGCCAAAUCUGCGCUGAGUGCAAACCGCACUUCUACCGUCCUGACAUGAUGCAACUUGUCAAGGCCACCCGCCCUUUUGAGCGACUGAGUGUUGACUUUAAGGGCCCCCUUCCCUCCACCGACCGCAAUGUCUAUUUACUUGAUGUUAUCGACAAGUGCUCACGGUUCCCCUUUGCCAUUCCCUGCCCCGACACCACUGCCACAUCCGUCAUAAAAACCCUGCGCCAGCUCUUCACUCUGUUCGGGUAUCCCUGCUAUAUCCACAGUGAUAGAGGGUCCUCCUUUAUGAGUGACGAGCUGCGCCAGUACCUGCUAGCUAGGGGCAUUGCUACUAGUUGGACUAUGAGUUAUAAUCCCCGGGGAAAUGGACAGGUGGAGAGGGAGAAUGCCACAGUGUGGAAGGCCACACUGUUAGCCCUUAAGUCAAAAGGGUUGCUGGUCUCUCGAUGGCAAGAGGUCCUCCCUGAGGCACUCCACUCUAUCCGCUCUCUGUUGUGUACGUCCACCAAUGCCACCCCUCACGAGCGCCUAUUCUCUUUUCCCAGGAAGUCUGACACUGGGACCACUCUACCAGUUUGGCUGACAUCCCCAGGGCCAGUGCUGCUCGGAAAACAUGUGAGGAGUAAUAAAUACUCCCCGCUGGUCGAGAGGGUUCACCUUCUACAUGCGAACCCCCAGUAUGCUUACGUGGUCUUACUUGAUGGGCAGGAGGACACGGUCUCCGUCCGCGACCUGGCGCCCGCAGGUGCAGCAGACCACUACCCUGAACACUCUCCGGUAACUAUGAACCCUGUACCUGAGGUGACACCGCGGUCACCAGGCCCUACACAUACUCCUCACGACACUCAUAUACCGGGCGUUUCGUACACAUAUAUACCAGGCGCCUCGCACAUGCGUGAGGGACCACUGGCGCCUAGUGGUCUGGAACCAGCACAACCUCCAUCUCCUGUGCAAUCACUGCCACCGCCGGCAUCUGUGCAAUUACAGCCGGUGCUACGUAGAUCGUAGUGACAGAUUCGACCACCUGAUAGACUUAACCUGUAAGAAACUUGGCCACAUGGGGACUCUUUUAAAACAAAGGGGGGGGGGUGAAUGUGGUGAACUAUGUGCCUGUCUGGACACGCCCCCUGCUGACUGCUCCUGUGGCCCCUCCCACAGACCCCUGUAUAAGGGAGAUCAGAGCCUGGGCCUGGCCUCUCAGUCUCCAGGAUGUAGUAUGGUGGUCACUCACUACUGGUUCCUUCUUCCAGUCAAUAAAAGCUGAUAACUCGC